AUGUCGAACUCUCUCGAUCAGCUCAAGGCCACCGGCACGGUUGUCGUGUCCGACUCUGUGGACGCCCGCCGCCUCCCUCUCGCCUCCCUCCAACCCUCUCUCGUGCGUCAUGCGAAGCUGUGCGAGGGCGUGAUGUCGACGCGAGUACGGCAGGGUCACAGGCUAACAUUCGUCCUCACGGCAGCGAUCGGCAAGUACAAGCCUCAGGAUGCAACCACCAACCCUUCCUUGAUCCUCGCGGCCUCGAAGAAGGCCGAGUAUGCGAAGCUCAUCGAUGGUGCCAUCGCGUACGCCAAAGGCAAGGGAGGCAGCAUGGACCAGCAGGUCGAUGCCGCCCUCGACCGACUCCUGGUCGAGUUUGGCAAGGAGAUCCUCAACAUCAUCCCCGGCAAGGUCUCCACCGAGGUCGACGCUCGCUUCUCCUUCGACACCAAGGCGUCGGUCGACAAGGCUCUGCACAUCAUUCAGCUCUACAAGGAGCAGGGCAUCUCCAAGGACCGCGUCCUGAUCAAGAUUGCCUCCACAUGGGAGGGCAUCAAGGCGGCCGAGAUUUUGCAGCGCGACCACGGCAUCAACUGCAACCUGACUCUCAUGUUCUCCCUCCCUCAGGCCAUUGCCGCCGCCGAGGCGAACGCCUACCUCAUCUCCCCCUUCGUCGGCCGCAUCCUCGACUGGUUCAAGGCGGCCAACAAGAAGGAGUAUGCCAAGGAGGAGGACCCUGGCGUCGCCUCCGUCAAGAGCAUUUUCAACUACUACAAGAAGUUCGGCUACAAGACCAUCGUCAUGGGUGCCUCCUUCCGCAGCAUCGGCGAGAUCACGGAGCUGGCUGGAUGCGACUACCUGACCAUCUCGCCCAACCUGUUGGAGGAGCUCAUGAACUCGUCCGAUAACGUGCCCAAGAAGCUCGACGCCUCGGUGGCCGCUUCGUCCAAUCUCGAGCGCCAGUCGUACAUCAAGGACGAAGCGAGCUUCCGAUUCGCCUUCAACGAAGACCAGAUGGCCGUCGAGAAGCUUCGAGAAGGCAUCAGCAAGUUUGCCGCCGACGCCGUCACCCUCAAGGAUAUCCUCAAGGCAAAGCUGGCCUGA